CAUGUUUAUGUAGUGUAUAUUGGAGGUUGCGAGCCGAAUGCCAUGAAAUUUCAUUUUCAUGUAUGCCGAUUAGUAUAAGCUGACAAUAAAGAUAUUCUAAGUUUUAAAUUCCCUCCAUCCUGGCCCAGGUCUGAAGGGAGAAAGGCCUGGCAAGAGGUGGGACGAGCUUGAGUCUCCUCUCCCUCUUUAACAGGGCUUGGGUGUUUCCGCAUCCCCCUUUAUUUCUUAGCCUGGUGGAGUGUGUUGUGAGAAAGCGAUCAAUGAUCAGUGAAGAGAAUUAAUUUCUAAACAAGGAAACCCAGAAAAUCAAUAGAUACCUAGAACAGUAAGAAAACUUUUGCAGAAAGUUAUUAAAUUUAGGAGCUUUAUUUAAAAACUCAUUUGUGAUUUCCUUUUCUGUUAUGAAAACUCUAUACAUACAUAUGUGUCAGGCAGGAAAUAUUAAAUUAGCAGUGUCAUUUGUAAAGUAGGUUCUUGUUGCUGCAGUUGCUUUGUGACAAAUAAUACCUUUGAACAGAAAAGGGUGGCCUGAAUUGCUUGUGUAUUUUACCAGUGUCACUAUUUAGCAAGGGUACAAUAACUACGAGCAAUAGAUUUCUUCUGAGAAAUCAAAACCUAUUAAAGCUUCCCCUAAUUCUUAUGUUGUAUUAUAAGGAUGCAAAGGAUUUGUUGCAUUGUUAUUGACAUAUAGUAUACUUAGUCAGCGCAGAAGCCUUAUUCAAUGUAGGGGCAUCAGCAGGAGGUCUUACAUAUUUAUACAAUAUGUACAAUGUUUCAAAAAUUAAAAGGUUUCCCAAUACGAUGAGUUUCAGAACAUGUAGGGUGACAGUUAAUAUUCUAUUCAAAAUACAGGACUUCCAGAUUGGAAGCAUGGCACUAUCUUUUCCAAGAGCUGUGAUUUACAAGGGAUAUAAAUUAAGGCAAUCCUGCGCAGAAGUCCAUUAAUCUUGCUUCUGUAUUGCAUCAAGAUACUUGAUAUACUAUACUAUAGAAUAAUACAGUAAAGGAGAAAGUCAACCUUCAGUGACAUUAACAAAAGGAAGAGGAUUCACACAUUCUCAUCAUUCAAUCUACAUGUUCAGGAUGCCAGGCAUCUUACGCUGCUUCUGACAAACUGACAAAGUGGAAGGGUAGCUGGUAUUGUAUAACAUUAUCUUAUUUUAAUUUUUAGAAAUGAGUUGCACAAUUGAGAAGGCCCUAGCUGAUGCCAAAGCGUUAGUGGAGCGACUAAGAGAGCAUGACACUGCAGCAGAAGCUCUCAUUGAACAAACUACCGAUCUCAACAAACGAGUGGAAGCAAUGAAACAGUACCAGGAAGAAAUUCAAGAACUUAACGAAGUAGCAAGACACAGGCCUCGGUCUUCCUUGGUCUUAGGUAUCCAGCAGGAAAAUAGACAGAUCAGAGAACUACAACAAGAAAAUAAAGAACUCCGAACAUCUCUCGAAGAACAUCAGUGUGCCUUGGAGCUAAUAAUGAGCAAAUAUAGAGAACAGAUGUUUAGAUUGCUCAUGGCCAGCAAAAAAGACGAUCCGGGUAUAAUAAUGAAGUUAAAGGAACAGCACUCCAAG